AUGCGCUCGCUUUCCCCGGUCCCACCUCAAACUCCAACGACCGAGUCUUAUGUCGAAAAAGGCUUGGACAAUUGCACUCCUAAGUUCGUCCGGUGUGACAGUGUGCGCCAGACGCUGGAAUCACCGUACGAAGGACCGUACUGUGUGCUCGUACAUAACACCAAGACCUGCCGGAUCCUUCGCGGUGAUAAGGAGGACGUGGACAGUGUCAAUCGGGUUAGGGCUGCUGCCGCAGAGAAGCCGCCAGACCUGCCACGAAAACAAAAACUUGCUGACCCCCCCAACCCCUGUUCCUCCACCUCCAAUAUCCCCUGCUUCCUCGCCUUCCCUACACCAUUCUCCUUCCCCUCCCUUGCCCUCCAUCCCACCGUCCCGCAUACUUCCUUUCCCUGUCUGUCCACAGCAUCCAACUACAAUCUCAUUCUCCUCCGCCGUAGCACUUGCUCGAGCUUCAUCAACUGUAACCCCUGCUUAUAUCAUUUUCAGUGGCCGUCACGUUCAUUUCCCUGA